CUUGAAUUUACAUGCAAUUGCCCAUCACACCCGUUUAGACGUUGGAUCAUUCCACAAUUCAACCCGUAAUGGAAAGACUGGCAGUGAAGCGCGCCGAAGAAGGCGAGUGGCACGAACUGGUCGACAUGGCCGAGAAUAUCCCUCACUCCAUCAUGGUCCCCGACGAGUUUGGCAUGCUUCCUCUGCACUGGGUGUGCACGGAGCAGUCUGUGCCGCUUGACACAUUGCAGGUUCUCUUGCGCGUCUUUCCAGAUGCCUGCGAGUGCAAGAACAUGUCGGGUAUGUUGCCACUACAUGUUGCCAUUGCAUCCAAGCUGCCAGGCGUGCAUUUGAACGCUCUCGUGGAUGCAUUUCCUGCGAGUGUGAACAUUAAGGGCGGCGACGGUCUCGAUCCUGCAGAAAUGGCUCACCGCCAUAGACUCCCCGACCACAGUAUCAACGUGCUCAAGAAAUCCGUGUCCUUGGUCAUGAGCUCGUCGUCCAUGAUGGGCUCCUCGGACACAUCCACACGGCGGCACUCGGUGUCGGACUUGACCUUGACGUCGCUUGACAUUCGUACGUCGUGUAUCCCUCGCAACUCGUCGUGGGAAUCCGUGGACAAGCUCAAGACGAGCAGCAGCAACACCUCGAUGUCCUCGUCCCACUACAGCGCCGUGAGCAGUCCCAAAUCGAUCUCGUCUCGAUUGAGUGCAGACACGGAUGAACUCGGUGCGGAUUUGCGUGAAUUGUCGGGGAAGUUGGCCGCGUUGCAGGUCGAGAUGCGCCAUAAUCAUGCAUCUGAGCCUGUCGAGCACAGCGUUUUGUGGAACCCAGGCGACCGACUUGGGGUGUCGUUCGAGUCAGCAGUGGAGGACCCAGCAAACGUCAUCGUGGGAGCGCGCGUGAAGCGACUGACGGGCGACAGCGAAGCGCUGGGCAUUUCGACCGUGUCUGUGGGUGAUCGCCUUCUCUCUGUCAACGGCGUCGAUGUGACCCAAGUGCCGUUCGGCAUCAUUUGCAAGUUCCUCAAGAGGACCAACGUCACAUGCAAGCUCACGUUCGCGUCCAUGUCGUCUGCUCCAUUGAGCGAGACGUCCACCACCGUCGACGACGUCCAUUCGAUCCUCGCCACGACGCUCCACAAGGUGCAAAGUGUCGAGGAUAUUGUCCGCCUCAGCUCCGCCUUGACCACGUAGCGGUCGUCGUUGUCCGUGUUAUUUAUCGUUUUAAGGGAUUUGCCCAAUCAAUGGAUUGAAUUUAUUUGGUAUCUACCAAUC